AUGCAACCCAAAAUACAAGACACGGAAGACAAAAAAACAGUCGAGAUGCAAUCCGAAAAACUCUUGAAUUAUAUGCAGGAAUCGACAUCACUGUUUUUGAGGAAUUCCAAUGAUUAUUCAUUACAAGACAUUGAAAUCAAAAACACGGCCGGACCUCAGAUCGAUGAACAACUCAUUCAUGAUUUGAAGGAUGCUUUGGAAGCUAAUUUACGACAAACUCAAAGUCUUUCCUCGAGUCUUGAAGAUUCAAAAAUAAAAGUUAAUGAACUCACGCAACAAUGUACGAUACUGCAACAAGCUUUGGGCGAACGAAAAAUCACAAAGGACAAAAAUAAUUUAUUAUCUGAUAAUUACCUUUCGUUUGCACCGUUAAAUUAUGAUACACCAAUAAUAAAUCAUAGAACAGAAUACGAUCGAGAUGAAAACAUUCAUAAUCACGCAAGCGAAAUUGAGCAGCUACGCGAAGAAAAUGAAAGGCUGAAAUUAGAAUUACUUGCAUAUAAAAAAAAUACAAGGCCACUCGGAAAAAGUUUCAAAGCAACGAAACUGGAUGAAACACGCAAUAAUAUUAAAAAAGACAAGCUUUAUUAUAAGCUACAAUUGGGCAGAGUAGAUAAUUUCGAUGAGACGAAACUUGCGGAACUGAUAAAGGAAAUCAUGCUAAUUCUCGAAGUCAAUGACGUGGACCGAAUUAUACCGUCAAUCGAACAAGUAGAUAAAGUGACACGACUGGUCCCACAACUAUGUGAUUUCAUCAAUAAAGUGGUGGACACUGUUCUCUAUGAACAAGACGAGGAAGAUCAUCGGGUCAAAAACUAUAAUAAAGCCAACUCGGCAGUAGGCGCUGGUAGCAGCAUUCCGCCCGAACAAAAGCUAUGUGCCACUAUCGAAACGAUACUUCAAUGGCGUGAUACAGUUAAAGAGAUGGAAAAUAUUAUUUCUCAUUUUUUACAGAAGGGAUGGAGCAAGCAGCAGAAUACUGCACGACGAUAA